CGGCGCCGCCGACGGAGCGCCGCCGACGGAAGCCAGUGGAAUCGAAGAAGAAAAGUAGCCACAAACAUAAACUUGUGGCGCUCCGCGCGGAUCUCUUGGAUCGGCGCUGGGCCCCCUGGCGGCGCCUCCGGCGCCGCCCCUGGCGCAGACCCAGCGCAGACCCAAGAAAUCCGCGCGGGGCGCCGAAAGUUUAUGUUGAUGACGUUUAUCUUCUUCUAAGGAAGGCUGACGUAAGCCAGCGGAAGUCACAGAUGCGUCCUCAAGAGAUGCCAAUUCUGGGGUGUUCUAGGCUUUAGAGCUGGCAAAGCCUACCGCAGCGUGGGAGGCUGGAUGCCCGACGGGCCUGGCGGGGUCCAGGGCAGCCAAACGGACCCCCCCGCAUGCCCAAGGCAGCAUUCAGUAACGCACAUGAUCCUAUGGGUCACUCCCCAAGGGCGCUCAUACAGUCGUGCAUCGCGGAUAGCGGGGCGCGAUGCGCGAAGUUUGGUGACCUAGAUCUUAUGGGUCUCGACGAUCUGAGUUGCUUCCGGGCUCGCGGAUGGUUUUGUCUCGCUGCCCCUGCGGCCUCUGGACAUUUCGGUGGCCGGUCGAACAUGGUGUGAGGAACGGCUGGAGCUUCUGGAGGAGUUGAUGGGCAUCGCUGCCGCGACCCCGCCAGCCAGAGGUUUCAGCCCCGACAUCGCAAAGGCGCUGCUCAACGGCCUACCGCCCGCCUCCGAGGUGGCCACCGGUGCGGAGACAGCAGAGGCCGCAUCCACCGGAGAUUUCCUGGUGACAAAGGUGGCAAUACCGCUGGAGCAGCGCGCGGACUUCGUGAAGUUCCUACCGCUGCGCAACCCACGGACACAGUCGCCGACUCCGACGUCGGGCCAGCAGACUCCCUCCACGCUCCUGAUGGCCGUUCAGGUAGACGGGACCAUGAGGCUGUUCACUCCUGAGGGCGAACCUACGUUGACGUUCUCUACGGAGCAUAGCGAGGACGUCGUCUUGGUCGCAGUCUCGCCUCUCCACGACGAGUACCUCGUGGCGUCGGCCGACGCUGGGGGCCUGGUCAGGGUGCAUAAGGUGACCGUGCGAUCGCGGCGUCUUUCCAAAGAGGAAAAGGGCGCUCGGAAGAGACUUUACGACGACCAGCUGUCGCAGUAUCUGGGGCUUCAGGUAAACGUGACGGUACAGUUUACCAAGCAGAUUAGGGUGUGGACCAAGAGGGAGCUUGGAGGCCGACAAGCGCCCAACCUCACGGCGAUGGCCCUAGCAUCCGUGCAGGGUACCAAGUAUUUCGUAGUGGGCGACUCCGAUGGGAGAAUCAGUGCCUUCACGCGCAACGGCACGCUCCACGCCCGCAUGCGCCCCACGAAGGCGCCCGUGGAAACCCUGCACGUGCACUUGGGAAACCUGUUGUGGAUGGCUAGCGGCAGCUGGGGGUUCGUAGAUCUGGACGCCAGGGAGACGAGACGCAUGGAUUGCCCGUUCUUCACGGGAAACGCCACAGCAGUGGCCGUGGACACCCACACCAACUCCAAGGUGGUCGUCGCAGAUGAUGGCGGCGGCGUUUGGGUCUACAGCCACAAGAAUAAGCGCGAGUGUAAGCUUGAGCACCGGUUCCCGCUCGGCGCGGUGCGCGACCCCGUGGACCUGGCCUCGGUCCGGGGCUUUGCCCUCGCGCUCGAGCGGGGCACGGAGGCGGGCGGGGCCUCAGGGGGCCGCUCGGCGGUGGUGGCGCUCAACAUGAGCCACGUGGGCAAGCGGAGGUCCGACCCCGCACGAGCCGCCCAGGCUGUGGUCUGGCGCCGGCCAGGGCCGCGCGUGCGGGCGUGGGCGGUGCACCGGCGCUACCAGAUGGGCGACCUCAUGGCCCUCCUCUCGGAGGACGGCUCCGAGAUAGAGGUCGUCGAGGUCCUCAUGCAGGUCUACCAGCCGCCGCCGACGGACGAUAUCUCGAGCUUCAAGCUUCCCCUGUUCGCCGUGGCAAUCUGCCUCGUCAUGGGCUUCCAGUACGUGAAGCAGAAGGGCGCGUUCGACCCAGGGCUCAUGGACGGCGACGGCGGCGACGCUCCAGCCAGCGAGUAGCCCGCGGGUCCGGCCGCCAGGGCGGGGUGGCGCGACGCCGCCUCCACGCGCGGUGGGGGCUGAAGAGCGCGGCAGCCAGACGCCUUCUGCGAGGCGCGCAUGCGCGCGCAUGUGCAGG